GGGUAUUGAUUGAUUCAUCUGAACCUGAACUUCUACUCCACUUACACCUUCUUGGUUCCACCCUUCAAUCACCAUCGUUCAAUCUUCCACUUCAUUACAUACAUGUAUCCUUCAUAACCAGUUAUGAAUUUUGUGAUUAUUGGCCACUAUGAAUUUUGUUUGGUCUUAAUCCUCCUGUUUCCGGAGAAAGAGGCCCUAGUAAUUCGAAGUUUGGCCGUAGAUAAGUAAAGUUACUUUUGCUUAAUUUGACCAUUCGAGUCCAAUCACUAAGUUAUUGGCACUAUGAAUUUGAGUGCACUAGCUUAUCAUUACUUAUUAUGAGAUGAUCAAGUUGUAUAACUAUAGGUUUAGGUUUAGCUCGUGUAAUUAUUGUAGUACAACUAGCUUUGUGCAAUUUAGCAGAAAGUGUUGCAUACAAUAAUUGCACGAGCUGAACCUAUAGCAAUUAAGAGAAUUGAAUGACUCUUUCUUAUUUUUUAAAAACUAUAAUUUGUUGUUUGUUAUAAACAUUUCUUUCUCAAUGCUCUUGAAUGUUUUACAGAUUAAAUACCCCAACAACCUUUGAGAUGCCAUUGGAGAUUUUGGGCCACGAAUUGCAAUUUGCUCAGGACCCCAAUUCUAAGCACCAUGGAACUACAGUAUGGGAUGCAUCACUUGUGUUUGCCAAGUUUCUUGAACGAAAUUGCAGAAAAGGAAGGUUUUCUCCUGCUAAACUUAAAGGAAAACGUGUCAUUGAACUAGGAGCUGGCUGUGGUGUUUCUGGGUUUGGCAUGGCUUUGCUGGGUUGCGAUGUUACGGUGACAGACCAAAAGGAGGUUUUGCCAUUGUUACAAAGGAAUGUUGAUCGUAAUAUUUCAAGGGUCAUGCAAAAGAAUCCUGAGUCAUUUGGCUCAAUCAAGGUUUCAGAGCUUCAAUGGGGAGACGAGAGUCACAUUAAGGCUGUUGGUCCUCCAUUUGACUACAUUAUUGGCACCGACGUUGUUUAUGUAGAACAUCUAUUGGAACCUCUGUUGCAGACAAUACUUGCUUUAUCUGGACCUAGGACUACUAUUUUGUUGGGUUAUGAGAUCCGGUCCACUUCUGUCCACGAGAAGAUGCUUCAGAUGUGGAAAAAAAACUUUGACGUGAAAACUGUUUCAAAAUCAAAGAUGGAUGAAACAUUUCAACAUCCAAACAUUCAACUCUUCAUUAUGGGAUUCAAACCUUUAGCAGAUAGCACAGAAAACUCAGGUCAGGCAGCUGCUGAAAAAGUUGAUGUUGAAACUGGCAUGCAGGAUAAAAACACCGAAGAAAAUAUUGGGGCAGAAGGCUCUGAUCUUGUUGAAGAAAACACCGAGGAUGAUAGUAAGUCAACUCCACAAAAUGCAAAGCUUAGCGAGUGGGAAGCCAGAAGAUAUGGCUCAAUGGCUGCAAGGAUUUUGAGAGAUGUAAAAAUAUCAUGAUGUUGCGAGUUGGUUUUGGGAGAUUACAAAAUUUCAUAAUGGUCAGAUGCAGAGGCUUCAAAUCGGUGUUCGCCUUUAUGUGACUCAUUUUCCGUUAAUGUCACUAGCUGGGUUGCAAUCUUUCCAUCCAUUGAAGUCUUGGUGCGGCAAUGAUGAAGCAGUAACCUCCUUGUUAAGUUUACAAGAAAUUGAAAGCAUUUGCAUAAUGGUUGGCAACUGCACUAUAUAUAUCACAGUAAUUAUUAUCCAACAUGGUAAUUUAUUGCAUCUACAAGAUUAGUUCUUUAGAACAUGUAUGAAAUUCCAGCUUUUCAAACUUAUAUAUGGCCCUAGUUUAGAUUAA